GAAGAACUUCUGCGCCCUUUUCCCUUCCUUCUGCUCCCCUCAAUCCCAGAUGGACUCCCAUGCCCACCACUUCUUUGUUCUCUAUCUUGGCCCCGGUAUCUGAACCCAACCCUGGAAUGAAACCCAGAGCUGGGAUGGGGCGGGGUCCAGCCGGGUAAAGAGAGAACUGAUCAGGGAUUCUCCCCCCACCCCGAAAUCAGCGGCUUGUUUCACCCCAGGCCGACCCCUGAGGUUAGGGAACCUAAUCCAGGUGCUUCUGCGCUGCGAUGCCCACCGGAAAGUAGCAGCUGACCCUUUCAGAGCACUUUCAAACUUUGCAAAGCGUUUUACCUGUAGGGUCUCUUGGAACCUCCCUGCGCGCGACCCCGUGAGAGUUCAGAAAAUGACAGAGGAAACUGAUUUCACCCAGCAAGACUCUGAUGGAGGUAGUGAGGAAGUAGUACUAACUCCUGCAGAGCUCAUUGGAAAAUUGGAGCAGGCCUGGCUAAAUGAAAAAUUUUCCCCUGAGCUACUGGAGAAUAAGUGUGAAAUUGUGGAGUGUGUCAUAGAGCAGCUGGACCAUAUGGAAAAGAAUCUCAGGAGAGCAAAGAAGGGUGAUUUGAAGGUUAGUGUCCACCAUAUGGAGGUAGAAAGAAUCCGCUACGUCCUCAGCAGCUACUUGAGAUGUCGACUGAUGAAGAUUGAGAAGUUUUUCCCACAUGUCCUUGAAAAGGAAAAGACACGUUCUAAAGGAGAACCUUCCAUUCUCUCCCCAGAAGAGUUUGCCUUUGCCAAAGAAUACAUGGCUAACAUAGAAACCUAUCUGAAAACUGUGGCCUUAAGGCACAUGCCUCCUAACCUGCAAAAGGUGGAUCUUCUAAGGUCAGUUCCCAAACCUGAUUUAGAUUCAUAUGUGUUUCUGAGGGUGAAGGAAAGACAAGAAAACAUUUUGGUAGAGCCAGAGACAGAUGAACAAAGAGAAUAUGUGAUUGACUUGGAAGAGGGCUCUCAGCACUUGAUCAGAUACAAAACCAUUGCACCUCUAGUGGCCUCUGGAGCUGUACAACUGAUUUAAACUGAAAAGAACUGGUGGAAAAGCUAUGGGGUCAUUGAAGAGACAGCUGGAAUAUCUUGGAGAACUCUCAUCUGUCUUUGCCAGUGAUAGUUAUGGCACAUUUGUGCAGAUAUCUCAAACUCUUCUCACUAGGACUGCUGGACUAGAUGGGAUUUAAAAGGAAGGCAAAAAUUCAAAAAUUGUACAUCUCAUCUUCUGCAAUCUUAUGCAUUUGUCAGCAGGUGGAGCCAUCACUCUCUUCAUUCUGAAUUUGAGACAACAGUUCUUUCCUGUGGACUCUUAGGAACUGUUGACCAAAUGUGUAUAAUUACACCUGUACAAAGGAACUCUUACCUAUAGUUAGGGAGAAUAAGUAUAUUAGGGGACUAGUAGGAUUUUUUUCCCCUUGUCUUACUUUCUGGCCUAGAAUGAGAUGACUUGAUGCAUGCAGGCAAUGAGGUGCUAAUUUUAGAAUAGAUGAGCAUUAUGGGACCAAGUCCUUUCUUCUGUUAAGCUACUUUUAUAAUCUACAAUAAUGUAAUCACAAUCAAAAAUAUUUCCAACAUGCUCAACUAAGAGCCUUAGCAAAACUAAUAAGAGUAUGAGAUGCUAAAUUUCUAUAAAAUAAGUCUCUAGGAAAUCCUUAGCUCUGAUUCUUCAAAGGCAUAUUUAUUUUGUUGUAUGACUAUACCCCUCAGUCUUGAGCAACUUUGGCUGUGCUCUAAUUUAGAGAGACUGGCUACCUUCUUAUCGAUGCUUCGCUGUCAUGGUGAUAUCCAUUUACUUAUGUCAUCAACUAGCAGCUUUUUAAGCCAGUUCUGCUCUGUCAUUUAUUCCUUUGGGAAAUAGCUCAAGAUGAACCUAAUGUUGGUUGGGAAGGCAUGGAGAGUGCCUCAUCAUCUACUCCACAUAAAUAUACAUUCCUGACAUUUAAAAAAGAUAUUUAUUAACUAACGCCUGAAGUUCUUAUAGAAGUUAUAUUUUCCAAAGUGCUAUGACCUUUAUUUUGUUUUUCAUAACCACCUUCUGUGACAGCUUGGACAGGCAUCCCCAUUAUUAGAGAUGAGUUAACAAAACAGAGAGGUUGGCGUGGUGUUACAGCUAGCUGGUAAUAGACUUGAGUCUGUAACCUAUGGCUCUUAACUCUUACUGGUUGUAGGCCCUGCUAACUAGCCAAGUCUGGACUUUUCCAUUUAAAUGUCACCAUUUUCUAUCACUUUCAUGCCAGACUGCACGUAGCUGUGUUUUCGGCUAAAGCUAGUUUUAUGAUUGCUACAUUUCCUGGACUAGUUUUGAAGAUGAUGAUUUAGAAGCAUAAAUUAAAAAUAAAAAGGAACUGCAUUUCAAAAUGAAGAUGGCUUGGAAAUGAUGUGGCAUAGCUUAGCUGAUGCUGAAAUGAGAGAUUUUUUCAGUCACUGAGUUAUUGCCCUUGAGGGUGUGGUAAAUUCAUUGCAUCAUUUUUUCUGAACAGUUGUUGACCAUAAAUUUCUUCCUGGAAAGAGGGUAUAUGAUAUGAUUCAGAACCGGAAACCUUGGCUAUCUUAUGUACACAGUAUGUCACAAGAAGGGGAGGGGUUUUCCUUUCCAUCCUUCUGAAGUGUUUUCAACGAGGUCAUUUUGUUCAUUUCCUAUGUAUUGCGUAUAACUUUGUAGUAGAAUUCAGACUGCUUUUUACCUACCACUGUUGGCUGCCAACCAUAACAAUAAUGAAUCUUUGUACAAUUCUGUGAUAUAUGAAAAUGUAAUAAUGACAUCAUGAGGAAUAUUUUGAAAAAGAACUAUACCAAGACUUUCAUAUUCA